GUGCCAUCACUGCACAAAAACAUAUCACAUUAUUCUGAUACCCAAUUUUCCAAUCUCUCCUUAAUUAAUUAAUUAAUUCUGCUUUUUCCCCUCCCCAAAUAUAGUCUUACAAACUUAUGUUUCAUUUUGCCUUUCAUUUUCUUUCUUUUACCUCUCAAAAUCAUGCCAAAUUUGCCUCCUAAAAUCCCUAACUCGACCAGUACUCCACACCACUUUCCUCAACACAACAAUGACUUCCGUUCCUUCUCCUCUAGACAGAGUCUCCACCGCCGCUCCAUUAGCGACUCAACCGCCUUCCUCGACACGCCGGUGAUGACGACUCAAAGCCUUCUAAGUUCGACUGCUCCACUAUCCAACAGUAAUAUCUCGUUUGAUGGGUUUGAUGAUGAGGAGAAAUUUAGGUCCAUGCUGAGUGAUGAAAUUCACUCUAAUAAUGAAGAUGAUCAACCCACUUCUUCAGAUCACAACAGCAUUGAGAAAUUAGAAGCGGCUACAAAUGAUGAUCCAAAGCAUUUCCUUAGAAAUGAGCCUAAACAAGAGGCUCAAAUUCGCCAAUGUGACGACAAUGCAGCUGCAAUAAACAUCUCCAAUGAUCGAGUCACCGAUCCCAAAAGAGUCAAGAGAAUAUUGGCAAAUAGACAAUCUGCACGAAGAUCAAGGGUGAGAAAACUACAAUACAUAUCAGAACUGGAACGAAGUGUCACUCAAUUACAGGCCGAAGUUUCAAUGCUAUCACCGCGAGUUGCAUUUUUAGACCAACAGCGACUGCUUCUAAACGUGGACAACAGUGCUCUGAAGCAAAGAAUCGCCACCCUCUCCCAAGAUAAGAUUUUCAAAGAUGCUCAUGAAGACGCAUUGAAGAGGGAAAUAGAGAGACUAGGCCAACUAUAUCAUCGACAGAAGAGUCAGAGAAUGGAAUGUAACGAGUCAUCUCCAAUAGUAACCAAAGAACAGCCCACAUCUUCUGGAGAUCAAAAACAUAAGCUUCUUUAUCUUUGAGGGCAAAAAAGAAUUUUUAACUUUUUUACCCUUUUUAUUUUUUAUUUCUCAUAGUAUGUUGAGUCAAAACUCAACAUGCAAACGUUCACUUGAACUAACUUUCCUGUAAUAAAUGUUUGUUCAAAGGAUUGAAUGAUUUUGACUUGAGAAUGUAUAUAUGAUUAUCUUUCUUUGAUUGAGAGAAGAAAUAAACUAAUGGGGAAUAUACCCAAAAAUAAAAUAGA